CCGGCAAUUUCGGAGAGGUGUAUCCUGCUGAUGAUGAGCCUCUUAAAAUUGUCGGGAAGGGGACAGUCCACGUGAAGACUCCGAACGGAUGCAUGCUGAAACUAAAUGGUGUCCGACACAUUCCUGGUUUGAGGAGGAAUCUUCUUUCAAUUGGGCAGCUAGAUGAGGAAGGUUAUGCCGUUACAUUCGGCAGCAGAAAUUGGAAGAUCACCAAGGGAGCCUUGCUGGUUGCUAAGGGGAAGAAGGAGGGUACGUUGUACAUGACAACGAACUCAAAGGACUGCAUCGAUGUUGUUGCCGCUGUAACAAACGAUGUGAAUUUGUGGCACUGUCGGCUCGGUCACAUGAGCGAAAAGGGGAUGAAGGAGCUGUGCUCGAAGAGCAAACUGCCCGGCCUGAAGACUGUUGAGGUUGGCUUAUGCGAGGACUGCAUAUUCGGGAAACAGAAACGUGUCAGUUUCUCAAAGGGAAGACGAUCUAUCAAACCGGAGAAGCUGGAACUAGUUCACACCGACCUUUGGGGACCUGCAGAAGUUACAUCCUUGGGAGGAUCCGCCUACUACAUGACCUUUAUUGAUGAUGCCACAAGAAAGGUGUGGGUUUAUUUUCUCAAAAAUAAAUCCGAUGCCUUUGAUGCUUUCAGGAGGUGAAAAGCUCGUGUUGAGACAGAGUUAGGUCUGAAGUUGAAGUGCCUUCGGUCAGAUAAUGGGGGUGAGUAUGAACUGCAUGAGUUCAAGAAUUUUUGUGCUGAGAAUGGGGUUCGUAUGGAGAAGACAACUAAGGGGACUCCGCAGCAUAAUGGCGUUGCUGAACGCAUGAACAGAACACUGAAUUAGCGGGCUAGAUGCAUGAGGUUGAAGAAUGGCUUACCGAAGAUGUUUUGGGCGGAUGCAGUGAACACCGCGGCUUUUCUCAUCAACAGAAGUCCAACGAUCUCGUUGGAGAAUGGCAUUCUUGAAGAAAGGUGGACGGGUAAAGAGGUAAAUCUGUCCUAUCUCCGCAUAUUUGGUUGUGUUGCUUAUGUUCAUAUCAGUUCCGUUGACCGAAGCAAGUUAGACGCAAAAUCUGUAAAGUGUACGUUCGUUGGAUAUGGUAGUGAUGACUAUGGAUACAGAUUCUGGGAUGAGCAGAAUAGGAAGAUUAUUCCUAGUCGAGAUGUGGUGUUCAACGAACAGGUUCUGUACAAGGACAGAUUGAGCGCAUCUGAUUCUGAGCAAGAAAGUCCGAAGAUCGUAGAGCUUGAUAUCUCUAAUUCGGGUGGGAGCAAGCAGGAUCAGAAUGAAGAGAUGAGCAGUGAUGAGGAUCCAUCAACUCCGCCAAGGCGGCCUGCUAGGAACCGAAGAGCACCAAAUAGGUAUUCACAUUCUAGUUUCUAUUUGUUGCUUACUGACGGUGGUGAACCGGAGUCCUAUGCAGAGGCAGUUCGGGUUGAUGACAAGGGCAAGUGGAAACUUGCAAUGGAUGAUGAGAUGGCAUCUCUCACAUCCAAUGAUACUUGGAGGUUAGUUGAACUACCGAGAGGAAAGAAGGCUGAUAAGUCCGUAUUUUGACGCGCAUUUGAUGUGUGUUGAGAUCGGAUUUUGAUGGUUUCCCUAGCUUUAAGGUAUUGCAAGUCUCAAUUUUAGCUCAAGUUAUGUUUACCGGGCGUUGGUUCGAGUUUUGUGUUGUUUGUAGUCAAAAUUAGGGAAUUUGAGCCCGGUACCGGCACUUGAGGAACAAUCGGGAUGAUUUGAGAAGCAUUUGAGAUUUAUUUGAUAGCUUUGGAGGUCACCGGAAGAUUCACGAUGAAGAUUUGAAGGAAAAAGAGCUCUAGGAUUGGCUACGGGGUCAAAAGAAGAUGAAUGAAGCUUGAAAACGAUGAUCAGGAUGACCUUAUGUCAAUCCUUCAAGCAUAUCUCUUUCUAGAAACAUCCAAUGUACACGAUUCAAGUUCCAUAUGAAAGCUAACUUCAAGGGCUACAAAUGAUUUGAAGACACCUUUGCGAGAAUCGGAGAGGAAGAAGGUGAACACAGACGAUGAAAUCAGAUGAUCUCUGCUGCGAUUUCAGAAAGACACCUUCCACCGUUUUGAUCAUAUCUCUUGAUUGGGUGAUUCAAAUCACAUUCGGCAAAUUGGAGUGGAUAGAGGACUUCAUUAUCUACAACUUUCAUGAAGGAAUUUUUGUCAAAUUCGGAAGUUAAGUAGGCACGAUCGUGCCCUCAAAGUCAGACACGAUCGUGCCUGAAGAGAAAAGCACCGCAGAGUUACUGCCAGUCAGGCACGAUCGUGCCUGGAGGGAGGCACGAUCGUGCCUGGAGGGAGGCACGAUCGUGCCUGCCCAAAAUGCGCGUUUUUGCUCCGGAGGCACGAUAGAAGGCACGAUCGUGCCUGGCUCCGAAAAUCCUAAUUCAGCUCAAAUUUCACCCGAUUUUUCGAUUUAAACAGCCUGUAAACCCCCGUUUUCAGGGGGAGCUUAGAGAAGUGCCUAGCACGAAUUUUAGAGGGCUUUUCAGCCUUGUUCAUCAAUCUUUUGGGAUUCUUUGUAAGUUCCACCUUUUUAAUUAAUGACGAUUAAUUCUUUUUAUUCCAAUUAUAUUGAUUCUUCAAUUAUGAAUUGUGAGUAGUUAUAAUUAGGGAUUUGGGAUUGAUGAAGGGGUUAAUUUGUUUUAGGACACAUUCACACACACUUAAUCGUUUGCUAAGAGAUUAGUAGUGAUUAAGGGGCCGUAAGCUCGCUCGUAUUGGCAAUAAUUUAGGAUCCUGUCGCAUGAGAGAUCAGCCUGGUCCCCUAAAUUAUUGUACUCUACGCUGCGAGAGCGGUAAGAACUUAGUAAUGAUUAGCUAGGCUCAAUUAAAUUAAUUUCAUGUAAUUAGGCCUGAUCUGCCAGAAAUCUGGUUACCCUAGAAUCGAUCCCUGUUCCCUUCGUCAUUAAUUAGAAAGAACCCCCUAGUUUAAUCAUUUUAUUCGCAUUUUUAUUUUCCAGCAACCAAUCUCUCACGACGCAUUUUUAUUUAUUUCUUUUUAAUCGCUGAAUUUAGUUAAUCUUUGAUUCCCUUUUGUCCGUCCCUGUGGAGACGAUACUCGUACUUACACCACUAUAUUACAAUCUUUUUAUGUGCGAGAAAACACUCAUCAAAGGCUUUGCACUGCAAGUGGGUUUACCGCAUCAAGAAGGAGGCAGAUGGUAGCAAACGCUACAAAGUUAGGCUGGUUGUGAAGGGGUUUGAGCAGCGCUAUGGUAUUGAUUAUACCGACAUAUUCUCUCCAGUUGUGAAACUAACUACUAUUCGGUUGGUGUUGGGGUUAGUUGGUGCAGAAAAUUUGUUGUUACAUCAGAUGGAUGUGAAGACUGCAUUCCUUCAUAGUGAUCUGAAUGACGAGAUUUACAUGGUGCAACCAGAGGGCUAUGUGGCAGAGGGCAGUGAGAAUCUCGUAUGCAAGCUAGUGAAGAGCUUAUACGGGUUGAAGCAGGCACCGAAGCAGUGGAGCUAGUUCAAAGGAGAUUGAGAAGCUAAAGAAACAGUUGUCAGAACAUUUUUCCAUGAAGGAUCUUGGAGAGGCAAAGCAGAUUUUGGGCAUGCGAAUCGAGAGGGAUGAGGCAGCGGGCAGAUUGUUUCUUUCACAGGCAGAAUACAUUCAGAAGGUCUUGGAAAGAUUCAGAAUGCAAGAUGCUAAGGCUGCAAGUGUUCCAUUGGGUAGUCACUUCAAGCUUAGCAAGGAAGAUUCUCCAAAGAACAAGAAGGACUGUGCUCAAAUGCAGAAGAUUCCAUACGCAUCGGCAAUUGGCAGCAUCAUGUACGCUAUGGUUUGCACGAUGCCAGACAUUGCACAUGCAGUGGGAGUAGUGAGCAGAUACAUGGGAGACCCCGGGAAAGAACCCUGGGAAGCUGUGAAGUGGAUCAUGAGGUAUUUGAAAGGUACUGCUUCUAAUGCUUUGUGUUUUGAUGGAAAGAAUGUAGAGCUGCUGAGACAUGUUGAUGCAGAUCUGGCAUCAAAUGACUCGGAUGGAUCAAGAAGCACCACAGGGUAUGUUUUUACAUUUGGUGGGACAACAGUAUCUUGGCUUUCGCAGCUGCAGAAGAUUGUUGCAUUAUCUACUACAGAGGCAGAAUAUGUGGCCAUUACGGAGGUAAGUAAGGAGAUGGUGUGGCUUCAGAAUUUACUUGGGGAACUUGGGAAGGGGUACAAGAAUAACAUUCUUUACAGUGACAGUCAAAGUGCUAUCUUCUUGGCAAACAACUCAACUUUUCACAAGAGAACCAAACACAUUCGGUUGAAGUAUCACUACAUCCGUCAUCUUCUAGAGAUAGAGGCAUUGCAGCUUGCGAAGAUCCGUGGGAGUGAGAAUCCAGCAUACAUGUUUACUAAGGUGGUAACCUUGGAGAAGUUGAAGCUUUGCAUAGCUUCAAUUGGCCUUGGUACUUGAAGUUGAAGGCCGGCGCUACCAUGCUAACAAGGGAGGAUUUGAAGAAGACAGUCUCAAGGUGGGAGAUUGUAAGGUGUUAGAGACAGUUUCUUAAUUUAUUCUUGGAAACACGUUUCUUAAUUUAUUUUUGGAAACACAUCCUAAUUUAAUUAGGGGUUAUGUUGCUUUGGGAACAAG